UUGCAUAUUACUCUAGAAACUUGUUUGAUUAUCAACUCUCUCUCUUUCUCGACGGUUAUCUAUAGUUACAGAUAUGAUUCAUUCGACGGUGAAAUCAGCAACAGCAUCAAAAGAAAAAGAUAACUAUCGGAGCUUGAGUUCUCACAUCAUCACCCUUCAUCGCCGUCUUCUCCAUUCCUUAAACCUUGGCACCAGAUAUUUUGAUGAAAAAACAAAUAGAUGGAAGUGGCAGUCCGUCAACAUUGAAGUACAGAAAAAUGUACUCAGAUCAAUUGCUGCUUUUCUCGAUUCUAUAUCUGCAGAUGCUCGUGCCACACGCCAUACAAUAAUCGUUAAGGAAUCUGCUGCUGAUAUUUUGGGAGCAUUGUUAUGGAUUCUUCAAUGCAAAAAUGAGCCCUUGUUAAGCAUGGCAUCAAAUGUGGCAGUGAAAUUAGUUAGUAUUUUACCGAGUCCACUAUUGCAACCACGUUUGUUGGAUCUUGUCUAUUGUUUAUCGUCCUUGCUGUCCUCACAUCAAGUAGAAGUUGCAAUACCUUGUGCUACUGCUUUGAAUUUGGUAAUCUCAAAUCUGAGUGCUACAAGUGAAAAGGCAGUUAUUGAAGCACUGAAAGAAACAGAGAUUUCCAUUUGCAUUGUUCGAAAUAUAAAAGACUGCGGUGCACAGAAGAUUGAAUAUUUUUUGGAGAUGGCUUCCCUUUUGAGCACAAUUCUGUUAAGGUGGCCUUCAUCUAGGUUCCCUGUUUGUAAUGAUGUUGAACUUAUGAAAGUUUUAGCAAACAUGCGUACAAGGACAGAUUGUGCUAUUAAACUUGUUCUUCUAAAGCUGUACACAUCUUUAGCUUUAUGUGAUUCUGUAGCACAAAAGCUUAUAGAGGAUGGAAAAGUAUUUCUACAAAUGAUUGUGCAGGCGAUGGGAAAAUCUAACCCUCAUGAUGUUCGGAUAGAGGGGUUUCGGCUUGCUCAAUGUCUAUUGAGAUCCCAAGAAAAUUGUUUAAAAGUGAUGAAUUUGUGUGGUGAAGCUCUUGUUGAUGCCAUAAUUUGUGGGAUGAGAGAGACAGGGCCGUGUUCCAAAAAGAUUGAGAACAACUAUGGUUCUGUGUUAGUGGAAGCCUGUAAGUUGGCUCAAAUUACUCGUUGGGCUGGCAAUCAUCAUAUCAGGUUUUGGAAACAAGGAAUUGACGAAGUCCUCCUUAAUCUUCUAAUUGAAAAUAUUCAUGAUCAAUCGUCUGAACUUGUUUUGCCAUUGGAGAAACAAAUAUCCGUGGUAAAGGAGGGACUGAAACUCAAUUAUCAUGUUGCUCUGAGGAGUUAUGUGUGGGACAUUCUUGGGUGGCUUACAAUUCAUUGUGGAGAAAAUUCAAACCCCUGUAGUUAUACCCACGAGAGUGAACUCCACAUCAACUUACUAAUUCUGUGCGCAUGUUUCACUUUUGUGGAUGCAAUUCAAAAAUGGUGCCGGAUAUGUCAAAAUGAUGCUGAUGAUAAUUUUCAAAGUGAACCAGUAUCAAGGGCUGUUCUAAUGAUGAUAUAUUCUCCAUGUAAUUAUAUUUCCUCACAUGCUAGAUUUGUAUUAUCUGAUAUACUGAAGGUCAUAGGCAAUCCGUGCUUGAAAAACUCACUACAUACCCUAGAUUAUAUAUCAUCCCUGAAAAGUUAUAGUUCAUUUGAUAAACUCCAACUUGUUAUUAACUUAAUUGGGUUAACUUGUCUUUCAAGUUUACCACAGUAUCAAAGAUGUAUCAUAGAAAGCAGAGGGAUAAAGACUGUUGUUCUUCUCGUGCAACGAUGCUUAAGUAAUGAUAUUCAUGUAGAAAGGCCAGAAGUUGCUCCUCAUUUGCAUACUGUAUUCCAUAAAAGGUCUUGUUGCUGGAUUGGUAAAGGAGACUGGGAAGGGUCCAAUGUUCUCUUAUUUUAUGGUAUGUGGGGCUUAGCUGAGUUUCUUCAUCAGUGUGGCCUUUUACUAGACAAUCCUCUGGAAUUUACUAGAGAGGUGACAAACAUUAAAACUCAGUUAGUUAACGAACUUCAUGAGGUCUGUAGUAGCACCUCUUUCAGUCCUGGAGUGAAAUGGUAUGUUUCUUAUAUUCUAAGUUAUUUUGGAUUUUAUGGUUUCCCAAAUGAAUUUUCCAAAAGGAUUGGGAACUCUCUUAAUAAGGAAGAAUAUGCAGAUUUGCGACUCAUUGUAGCAAACGGGGAUUCCGUGAGUGUUCAUGGUGUUAUUCUUGCUGUUCGAUGUCCAUCACUUCUACCUUCAGAAGUGCUGUCUAGUAGUAAGAGUUCUAAAGAAAUAACAGAUUAUUUUGUUGGAGAGACUGUGAGAGAAGUUCGCUAUUCUUCUCAUGUUGAUUAUGAAGCAUUGAUGUUAUUGUUGGAAUAUGUAUAUUUGGGAGGCUUGCAUGCAGCAGAAGAAGAAGCUGUAAAGAAGCUCAAAGUUCUUGCUAAGCGUUGUAAUGUAAAGCCUCUCUUGCAAAUGCUUUGUAGACAAUCUCCAAAGUGGGGCACACCUUUUCCCAGUUUUAAUCUUACUUCAUCUCUUGAUUCAGCUGGAAGUUAUUUUUCAGAUGUCAUAAUGGAAGCUAAAUUGAAUGGGCUUGUUGGAUGCGCAUGUGAUAUUUGUUCUCAUCAAGUACCACAUUUGCAUGUUCACAAAAUUAUAUUGCAGUCUGGAUGUGAUUAUUUACAGGGUUUGUUCAGAUCAGGAAUGCAAGAGAGUCAUUCACAAGUUAUAAAGGUUGAUAUUAGCUGGGAAGCAUUGAUUAAACUAGUACAUUGGUUUUAUUCUGAUGAGCUUCCAAAUCCCCCUUCUGGUUGUCUGUGGGUGAACAUGGAUGAUCAAGAAAAGCUAUUCAAUUUGCAGCCAUAUGUGGAGCUUUGUUGGCUUGGUGAGUUCUGGAUUUUGGAAAGUAUUCAGGAAGCCUGCUGGAAUGUGAUUAUGUCUUGUCUUGAUUCUUCUAAACAGUUGGCAAUUAAAAUAAUCAAAAUGGCUUAUAAGCUCUCUUUGUGGAAGUUGGUUGACGUUGCUGCAAGUCUAAUAGCUCCUUCAUAUAGGCAAUUAAGGGAUUCUGGUGAACUUGAAGAAUUUGAUGAUGCACUAGUUCACCUUAUUUAUUCCGCUUCUAUUGAACUUAACAAUGAAGGUGAAAAACGCUUUAGGUGAUGUAAUACUCUUCAAGAUGUGUUAUGGUGCAGAAGAUUCAGGUGUGUUAUAAAUUUUGUAGGAGCUGCGAACAUAUUUUCGUCAUGCUAGUUAUUUGACAUUUCUAAACUAUUUUUAGUUUGAAAGUUUUACGUAUACCUAGAAUAUGAAGUUUUUCAAAGCAAUCCUUAUUUUGAGCUGUUAGGCUAUGUUACAAAUUAUAUUAAUUAGGUAACUGUUACAGUUAGUUAGGAGGUAUAAUGUUGUAGUUCUGAAAAGCCCUGUCAGUAGGCUGCAAGAAAAGCUUGGGUUCAUGUAUAGAUACUGUUGUAAACUCAAAAAUCAUCAUAGAAUGAAAUUAUUAUUUUUUCAUAUGAA